CAACCCUCCAAGGCUGAUGGCAACAAAACUUCUUCUUCCACGUACAAACCAGUCAGUCGUGUUGCCUCAAGUAGCUGUUGAAAAAGCGCAUAUUGACAGCAAAUACCGGCAGUAUCAUUAUCGAAUACUUUCCUUUGCUCACUGCGAGGAUUAUGGGGGCCAUCUAAGCGUCCUUUCUCUUUGCGCAAAGCUAACCGCAGUCGUGCACUCUCCACAUUGCUUUGGAGUUAUCCAGCAGUAAUAUCUCACUCACAAAUUUGGCCUACGAGAUGGCUCGGGACACUCGCUCACCAUCGCCUGUAGGCAGCACCCACUCGUUAAAACGGAGUCGCAGGGAUGAGGACCGGAAUGAGAGAAGCCGGCGAGAUGAUGUGAAGGGACAUCGCAGGUCCCGAAGUCCCGACAGGCGAUAUCGCGACCGCGACCGAAAUUCCUACCGCAGGCGAGAUCGCUCGCGCGAUGAUUAUCGAGACGACCGACGGGAUGAAGACACAUAUCGCCCCAGUAAGAGAGACCGCUCCAGAACCAGAUAUCUCUCGCGGGACCUUGAUGACGAUAGGGACUACCGUCGGAGAAGCCGCGACAGGGACCAUCGAAGCAGGCGAGAUGAAUCACGUGAUAGGGGACGGAGACGACGGGGUGACUCUACUGACUCCAAGCGCGAUUAUAGACGGGACGAUAGCAGAGAACGAGCUGCUACCAAGGGUUCUGGCGUGAGACCUCAAGAGACGUCGAAGCCUUCUACGCCAACUCCUGCUCCCGCCCAAACAGAUGAGGAAAAGAAGGCUGAAAGACGAGCAAAAUUCCAAGCUUGGAAGGAAAAGGUCGCCGCGGAACGGGAGCGGAAAGAGAAAGAACUUGCAGCAUCAGGUGGCGCACGCAGCAUACUUGAUGAGAUUGAUAAGAGAGCAGCAUCGUUCCAAAAGGCGACCCCUGAAGCUCCUGUUACCCCUCCGACAACUACAACCACACCUACCCCGUAUGCUGGGAAGUUCGAUCCCAAGGCCAUUGCAAAAAAGGCUACUGCGCCAUCUCCAGAACCGUCUUUACUGGGCAAGGACAUAGCCGUUCCAAGUAUCGCUACGUCCUCUGCAACAUCCACUUAUUCGAUUGCAGGGAACAAGGCUAACAAAUCUUCAGUUUCUGCAAGCGCUCCUCCUGUAUCUACUACCUUUAAAGCCCGCGGAAACAUAGGUGGCUUUGGUAUAGGCGUUAAAGCAACGGCAGAGUUAGAUAAACCUUCGUCCAAGCGAGCUUUAGAUUUUGGCGAUGAAGAAUCUACUCAGAGGAAGCUGGCAAAGCUUCCCGACCCUUCCUUAGAAGAUACAGCUGAAGAGCAUGCCAACGAGACAGUCGAUGGUGCUGGCGAGGAUGAAGACGACGAUGUUGAUAUUCAAGAUGACGGAACAGAGGAGGAGAAUGCAGCUGCUGCAAGAGCAGCGGCAGAAAAGCGAGAAGAACGACUACAGAGCCAAGGUAUUAACCGGCAAACGCAGUUCGAUGUUCAACCCGAAGGUGCGGCCUCUACCACUCCAAAUGGCGAUGUUGCCAUGACAGGUGACGCUCAAACUGCCACUCUUCCCGUCGCAAUGGACGUGGAAGAGGAAGAGACUGACCCAUUAGAUGCAUUCAUGUCUGGUCUUGCCGAAUCUGCCGCAGCUCAAGACGCUCGGAACGGGACGAACUUCUCAAAGUUUAAACUACCCAAACCUGAAGCAAUUUUUGGAGACGAAGAUGAUGUAGAUUUAAAAGCAAUUGACCCAGAGGCCGAUGAUUUCCUAGCCAUUACCAGCAAAGCAAGGAAGAAGAAAGAUCUACCUCCCAUAAACCACGAGAAAAUGAACUACGAACCCUUCCGUAAAGAUUUCUACACCGAACCGGUUGACCUAUCAGAGCUUACGGACGAGGAAGUUGCAGCACUGAGAUUAGAACUUGAUGGUAUAAAAGUGCGUGGCGUCGAUGUCCCGAAACCUGUUCAGAAAUGGUCUCAAUGUGGACUUGGAGUGCAGACACUGGAUGUCAUUCGGAAACUUAACUAUGAAAAUCCGACGUCAAUCCAAUCGCAAGCAAUUCCAGCAAUCAUGUCCGGAAGAGAUGUGAUAGGAGUAGCAAAAACUGGAUCUGGCAAGACGAUCGCAUUUUUGCUCCCAAUGUUCAGACAUAUCAUGGAUCAACGGCCCUUAGAGAACAUGGAAGGACCAAUAGGAUUGAUUAUGACCCCGACCCGAGAACUGGCGACUCAAAUCCAUAAAGAAUGCAAACCAUUCCUAAAAGCCUUGAGUCUUCGAGCGGUUUGUGCAUAUGGGGGAGCUCCUAUCAAGGACCAAAUUGCCGAACUAAAACGCGGGGCAGAAAUUGUUGUUUGCACGCCUGGUAGAAUGAUAGAUCUCCUCGCCGCAAAUGCUGGGCGAGUAACUAAUUUACGACGAGUUACGUACGUUGUACUAGACGAGGCGGACAGAAUGUUCGAUAUGGGCUUCGAACCCCAAGUAAUGAGAAUUCUAGGGAAUGUUCGACCACAACGACAAACUGUUUUAUUUUCGGCCACCUUCCCCCGUAACAUGGAAGCCCUUGCGCGCAAAACUUUAACCAAGCCUGUGGAAAUCAUUGUUGGUGGAAGAAGUGUUGUUGCACCAGAAAUUACACAGGUUGUGGAAGUCCGCAACGAAGAUACUAAAUUUGUGCGACUCCUAGCACUGCUAGGUGACCUUUAUGCAGAUGACAAAAACGAGGAUGCGCGCGCCUUGAUAUUUGUCGAUCGACAGGAGGCUGCCGAUGGUCUUCUCCGAGACUUAAUGCAUAAAGGUUACCCCUGCAUGUCCAUUCACGGAGGUAAAGAUCAAGUUGAUCGAGACUCUACAAUCGACGACUUCAAAGCUGGUGUAUUCCCUAUCCUGAUUGCCACCUCCGUUGCAGCUCGCGGUCUGGAUGUGAAACAGUUAAAACUUGUCGUUAACUACGAUGCACCCAACCAUCUUGAAGAUUAUGUUCACCGAGCUGGUCGUACGGGACGGGCGGGCAACACUGGAACUGCCGUGACGUUUUUAACUGAAGACCAAGAAAGAUAUUCAGUAGAUAUCUCCAAGGCAUUGAAACAGAGCGGGCAACCAGUACCAGAACCCGUGCAGAAGCUGGUCAAUUCGUUUAUUGAAAAAGUCAAAGCAGGUAAAGAGAAGGCUAGUGGUUCCGGUUUUGGCGGGAAAGGCCUGGAGCGUCUCGACCAGGAGCGUGAUGCGGCUCGCAAUCGCGAGCGGAAAACGUAUAAGACCGGCGAAGAGGGUGAAGAGGAAGAAAGGGACGAAAAGAAAGACAAGAAAGACGACCUGUUUGCCAAAGCAGCAUCUGCUGUGCAAGCUGCAUCCACGCCGGCACCGACACCAGGCGUGCCUAAAGGUAUCGACCUGGAUGGCAAGAUUACUGUCCACAAGACCGAAAAGCCUGUUCCGACUUCGACGAAUAAUCCUCUCGACAGAGUUGGCUCUGCGGUGGCUGAUAUCCAUGCCCGAUUGAACAAGGCUGGCGUGAUGAGGUCCGGUGUUCCUAUUGACAAUAAGGGACCUGAUGCCGGAGCAUUCCACGCUACGCUAGAAAUCAACGACUUUCCCCAGAAAGCCAGAUGGGCCGUCACCAACCGUACCAACGUCGCCAAGAUCCUCGAGGCCACGGGUACAUCCAUCACGACCAAGGGCAGCUUCUAUCCUGCAGGCAAGGAACCACAGCCGGGCGAAAAUCCGAAACUUUACAUCCUUGUUGAAGGAGAUACGGAAUUGGUAGUUACUAAUGCCAUGCGGGAACUCAUGCGUCUGUUGAAGGAGGGAACAAUUGCUGCCGUAGACAGUGAAGCUAGAGCUCCGACGACUGGUAGAUAUAACGUUGUAUAGAACAAUUUGCUCUUUUCGCGUUUUUCGUAUCGGUAUUCUUAUCGUUAAUGUCACUUGUUACUGUGUUUGUUGUUACAAUGGGCGGCAUUUCUAUUCUAUUUGGCAACUCGUGUCUUUCUUUUUUUUUUUUUUUCUCUCUUUUCCUUUUUU